AUGGAGGGUAAACACUACUCAGUGUGUCCCAAUUUGCAACGGGAAAAUCCGCCAGGUGUAUACGAUUCUACAAUUACUGGUGAUAUCAAAACCGGUUUUGACGCUACGCUCCAAUGUACGAUCAACGAUGGUCUAUUUAUCCCAUCCACUGCUGAAGUUUUUUCCCACAAUGACAACAAUAGCACUUUAGUUUUUGCCAAAAAAAUGGAAAAUGAUUCGAUUCAUGAUUUUACUGGCAUCACAUGUGUCAAACCAAUAUCAAGUCAGCCUCCAGGUGAAAUUAGUGCGGUAUUGAAGGCCCUGCCCAUAGAGUUGACAGAUAGCCUAAGGAAGACCUUCAACUCUGACAAUUUGGACACUUGCUUUAAGCCUAUACAACAAAGACCUUGUAGCAUAACGCAGGCGCCCCAAACACUAGAUUGGUCCAUUUACACCAAGGGUUAUAGUACGGCCGGUGAAAUUAUAUCGGUUGACAGUACUGAUGAUUGCCAAAGUGAACAAUCUAGCUGUAUGAAUUUCGAUAUUGAGAAUACAAAUAUUUUGGAUGACUCUGUGGUUUUUGCUAGGAAAUAUUUCACCCAUCGCCAAGAAUCCAUACAAAGUGACGUACAUGUCACGGAACAAACUUCUCCAACGCAGCCUGGCACGGGAAAAUGGCUUGUUAAAGCCAUGCCCAUAGUGUCGUCAAUACAAAAAUCACACAGGACGAGUUGCAAGGCAGAUAUAACACUCCAAAAGUCCCCUAGUAAACUGUUUCAAGACCCAAUAAUACCGCUGCAGCUGGAUAAUUUGUAUUCAGGUAGGGUAUCUGAUGAAAUUCUUAUUGAGCAGCAUACGCUAAGGGAAGGUGAAGAAAUAGACUGGGAGGAGCAGCAGACGCAUCUGGAUUGGAUUGUUAUGCUCAGGAAGACAUUUCUUACGUUACGAAAGGAUCCAAAUGCCACCAAGCAACAACUAAGAACCAUCAAGCAUCGAUUAGCUAAGGGCUUGGGUAGGGAUAAAUGGAAUAGAAGCGACUAUUACCCUACGACACACAGCGUAGAUGAGCCUUACGAUUCAGAUUGCAGUGAUAGCACAUAUUCCAGCAUAACUGUAACCAGUUAUGCAUCUGUUGUUGAGCGGCAUAACGCUUCGCCCUCAAGGAUUAUACUGGAUGCUCCAUGCACCAAUUACAAUUUUUUUGGGGACGAUCCGCCGUUGUUCUGCUUGGGUAGCACGCAUAAUAAUAUCACUACUGGCAGUAACAUUUCCAGUGGUAAUGAAUUUCCCAAUGAGAAAAUAGAUCGUAAAAAUGAUGUCGAUGAAUUUGAAUUCAUUGGCGGUAACAACUUUAUGCACAUAAAAGCUUAUGGCUGGCUCAAAAUGCUACCACAAGAUACGACUUCUCCUCUUUCCCAUGUGCCGCCAUAUCAUCAACUGUACUAUGAAAUGCGGAACAAUUUUAUAGUUUUAUACUACGACAACAAAUUUAGCGUGAAAUCUCGACUGUAUAAACCAUGCAAAAUAAAGCAGGUAGGAUGGUUAAUUAGCAAGUUUAACAAAAAAUAUAUAUAUAAAAAAAUGAACAAUCUCAAGCACAAUGAAACUAUAUAUGAUGAUAGGGUAAAGUUGUUCCAUUUCGGGGAUGCAGGGAGGGGGAAAGAUGUCAAACAUUUGUUGUUUAGGGAGAGUUUUACGCCAAUCUGUGCCAUACACCUAAAAGGGCAUUACAAUUUUGAAUCACGUAAUGUGGGCAAAUUGCAGCAACUCCACAUUGAUGCUCAAUCUAUACCUCUGAACAAAAUUUUAUGGACGAGGUUGAAAGAAGCAGACGAUGACUUCUUUCCAGCGGCAAGCUUUGAACUCCCGAAAAGCAUCGAGAAGACGUUUUCCAAACUAAAGUUUCGAAAAAAACUUUACAAGUCAAUGGUUGAUAAUGUCAAAAAUAUGAUUUUCAAGUCACAGUCCAUCACACUAUCUGUAUUGAGCGUAUCCCAUAUGGAAAACGAGGAUCUCUUAUCAAAAGCCGUGUCUAGGAAGAGAGCAUCUGACAUUAUUAACCAUCUAAACGACAUCAAAGUGCCUGUAUUCCAACAUUUAUCACACUUUUACAACUGUCCAUACCUGAGAGAGUUGAGUCUGGCAAAUAUAAAGUUUGAUGAGAAGUUUGAUAGACAUAUAUUCAAAACGUCUGUCAAGGCUAGACCACUAAAUAUGCUAGAUUAUAGAUUUAGACAUAUUACCGACAGUGAUUUAGAUAUUAUAAUUGAUUAUCUAACUUGCAGUGUUGAGUGGCUAGACCUUAGUAAUAACAACCUAAUGGUCGGUGAUAAAUUGGAUAAAUUGGUUGAAAAGGGUAAUAUCAAGUGGUUAACACUUGAUGCCAACCCUUUGCCCAAUGUUAUCGUUGAAAGAUAUAAAGGCAACCUAUUAACCCCAUCCAACAGAAACAAGCCAAACGAAAUAAACCCCAAAAUUGAACUGCUCGAAUCAGUACAGGCGCAAACAUCGCACAACAAUUGUGCGCCAGAAUCUGGACCUGUACAUAUGGCUAAAGACUUAUAUUUCGUGCAAAUGCGGGACAGAUUCUUAGACGUGCUGAAUUUUCAGGGCAUAUGCAAUAGAAGUAAGAUUUAUUCGGGAAGACUUGCCAGCUUUCAAUGGGGCUUAGUAAUGUUUGGUAAGACUAAUCAAUUGGUAUUAAGAAGCGAUUUCGGCAAGAGAAUACCCGAAAAUUUAUUGCCUUUACAUUACGUAUAUUUUGAGCUCCGCGGGUCUUACUUGAUAUGGUUUCCUAAUCCAUUAAAUAAAUGUGGCAAAAAACAAAAGAAGAGAUAUAGUUUCCAAGAAAACUACAGUGAAAACGUCAAUAUUUCCAUACGAAACGUAUUUUAUAUCUUAGAUUGUGCUGUUGUCAAACGGGCUGGAUUCAAGUGGCUAAAGGUUAAAGCUACCAAGCCGUGCAAAUGUAUAGAUGAAGGCGAUUCCAAUGCGCCAUUUUAUCUAUACUUGAGAGGACCUAGCGACUCAGUCACACAUACUUGGAUGACUUUUAUGGCAAAAUUGAUCGCAGGACAAUUAUAUAUAAACACCUGUGACAAACACGCAAUAUUGCCCAGUAGGGCUAUUCUGGACCAUUGCUGGCAGCCUUGGUCUCAACGCCUCUUAUUGUACGGAUACCCCCAAGAUUAUGAAUCCCUUGUAAAAUUUAUGUCAAAGCUGCGUAGAAGUCUAAGGCUAAAGUAUCUCAAUGGGUCCAACAUGAAAUUCGAUGGACAUACAGAAUUUAAGCCAUUUGAACAAAUCAAGUUAAUGCAAUUAGAUUUGUCAUUUAAUAAUUUUUCAAUGGCAGAUGAAGGCCAGUGGGAUAAUGUUAUUGACUUUUGCACCAAGGAUGUAAUGGCCAAGGAAUUUAUCAUGGAUGGAAAUCCGUUGGGUGAUAAUUUUGGAACAGCAAAGUUCCUCCAUAAGGCAAUAACAUCCCUCACAGCCAACUUCAUCAAAUUCAACUAUGUGGAGAUCGGAGACGCAGCCGGCAACCAACUGUGCAACUUGUUCACUGACUCCUAUGAUUCUAUAGGCUAUGUCAAAGUGAUUGAACUCAAGGGGCAUAACAUGACCAAUCCAGUUUUGGAAAAGCUUCUAACAAUUCUAAAAUCCAGGUGUCCAAACUUGGAAAAAGUCACAUUAACAUCUUCGAUAGGCAGGCAUGUAAAAAUCACAAACGACGUGUUGGAGAUUAUGGAUACGAACGUUGAGCGCUGUGAUUCAUCAGAAAUGACAUUACAAAUCGUGGGACAGUGUGUACAUCACAGACGCGUGAAGAAGGGCAAAGGGACAACCAGGCAUGCAAAUAAUUCUUAA